UCAUCGUAUCCAUGUCAUUAUACCUGGAAUCGAACUUGACUCACAUGACUGACGACAAGUGUUUUUAAACACAUUUAUACCAGGAAAUCCAUAUCAGCCUUUAGUCACGACGAUAUCAUUUUAAAGGACAGACGUGUUUAUGCUGCAACGCAAACUUGUUUAAAAUAGAGCUAAAAAUUAUACGUAAAGUGCGUGAAAGUCCCCACAAACACCUACGAAAGUUGAAUAAUAAUAGCCAUUGCGAUGACGAAUUUCUUCGUAUUCUCAGUUCUUUUUGCAUCCGUUUUUGCUAAUGGUGUUCAAGGAAAGUGCAACCCACUGUGCGGUACUGGGGUGUAUACACACGCAGGAACAUGUCAGCCGAGUGGAAAAUGUCUCUGUUUCUGGGGGUGGACUGGACCCAACGCACAGUACACUACUAAUAAUCGAAUUUUGGCUGACUACUGUCGUAUUCCAUGUCAUUACACUCCUGAUUAUAAAAACCCAAACUGUGUAAACUCUAAUCAUACCGGAGGAGAAUGUAAAGUACCGACAUCAGCCAGUCCAACGAAGCCUUGUGAUCCUAAAUGUGGAAAUCCUCCCUACCAUGGCCGAGGUCGAUGUCUGAGUGACGGUCGUUGUCUCUGCUGGUGGGGGUGGACUGGACCUAACGCUUGCUAUGUUGAAAACGGAUCAUACAAGAACAGGAUCAUUGCAGACUAUUGUGCAAAGGCGUGCCAUUUUACGCCCUAUGUGCGAAAUCCAAAAUGUCUAAACGGGUCUUGGGACGGAGAUGAAACCACCAAGACAACUGAAAAAACACCAACAAAAGUUCAAACAACCGUGAAAGGCUCUAAUUGCAACCCACUGUGCGGUACUGGGGUGUAUACACACGCAGGAACAUGUCAGCCGAGUGGAAAAUGUCUCUGUUUCUGGGGGUGGACUGGACCCAACGCACAGUACACUACUAAUAAUAGAAUCUUGGCUGACUACUGUCGUAUUCCAUGUCAUUACACUCCUGAUUAUAAAAACCCAAACUGUGUAAACUCUAAUCAUACCGGAGGAGAAUGUAAAGUACCGACAUCAACCACCCCAACGAAGCCCUGUGAUCCUAAAUGUGGAAAUUCUCCCUACCAUGGCCGAGGUCGAUGCCUGAGUGACGGUCGUUGUCUCUGCUGGUGGGGGUGGACUGGACCUAACGCUUGCUAUGUUGAAAACGGAUCAUACAAGAACAGGAUCAUUGCAGACUAUUGUGCAAGGGCGUGCCAUUUUACGCCCUAUGUGCGAAAUCCAAAAUGUCUAAACGGGUCUUGGGACGGAGAUGAAACCACUAAAACAACCGAAAAAACACCAACAAAAGUUCAAACAACCGUGAAAGUUUCAUGUGAUCCACUAUGUGGCACUGGUGUUUAUACACACGCAGGAACCUGUAUGGCAGACGGAAGAUGUUUGUGUGCCUAUGGUUGGACUGGACCACACGCCCAAUAUGCAGCUAGUAAUAGGAUUCUGGCUGACUACUGUCGUGUUCCAUGUCACUACACUCAUGAUUAUGAAAAUCCUGAAUGUGUUAAUUCGAAUCACACUGUUGAUGAAUGUGAGAUACCCGAUUUUCCAAGACCCACAAAACCUUGCGACCCACGAUGUGGAAACCCACCAUAUUAUGGAAAAGGACAAUGCCUUUACAAUGGCCGAUGUCUUUGUUGGUGGGGUUGGACUGGACCAAAUGCUUGUUAUGUUGAAAAUGGUAGCUACAAGAAUAGACUUAUUGCAGAUUACUGUGUAGCAGCAUGUCAUUACACACCUGUUGUUAGAAAUGCAACUUGUUUGAACGGUACUUGGUUGUCUGGUUCAAGAUCAAAAACUUCUAGGAACACUGCUACAAUUAAAGUAGCCAAAAAAGUGAAAUGUGAUCCCAAAUGUGGCACUGGAGUCUAUCAUCAUGCAGGAUCAUGUCAGAACGAUGGGAGAUGUCUAUGUUUCUGGGGAUGGACUGGACCCAACGCUAAAUAUACGACGAACAAUAAAAUUUUGGCUGAUUAUUGUCGUAUACCUUGUCAUUAUACGCACGACUAUGCAAACCCUGAAUGUGUGAACUACAAUCACACAAAACAUGAAUGUGUAUUGCCCACCAAGUCUGAUCCAAAAGUACCAUGUGAUCAAAGAUGUGGAAAUCCUCCAAAUCAUGGUAAGGGGUGGUGUAUGAGAACUGGCCGAUGCUUAUGUUGGUGGGGCUGGACUGGUCCUAAUGCGUGCUAUAUUGACGACAAUUAUUUCCAUAACAGAAUUAUUGCAGAUUAUUGUGAGAAGCCAUGUCAUUACACCCACGAUGUUCGUAAUGCGACUUGUUUGAAUCUGUGGGACGAAAGUGAAACAGCUAAGAGAGACAUGGGUCAAGUCGAUGUUCUUAAUUUUUAAAGGAAACACUAACCAAAAGAAUACUCGAUACAUUAUUAAGUUUUAUUAAGUAGAGCCUAGAGGCUAGAGACUAGAGUCACAAAAAUAUGCUAUAAAAAAUCGGGGACGGUAAAAAUGAAUAAAGUUACUACACAGCCAUCAGUCCAGAAGUUUAGUAAUCUCCUCUAUAUAAAGUAAAAAAAUUGCGCCGG